AUGUUCUCCCCAGCAUUGCGUUCAACUGGUGCCCAGAACCCUAGCUCGUCGAGCGGAGGCUCUGGUAGCGUGAAUGCUCCCCGUGCACGUCAAGUUCGCCCUCUCUCUGAUUUCUACAGAGAAGACGAAGAUGACGCCGGGGAUAUCAACAAUGAUCCCGAUCACGAAGGUGGCGAGGCAUUGUAUAUAGAUGAUAAUGUUUCAAGCCAUCAUAGUGAUGAUGAGAUAGAUAAUGCGGAGCGUCCUCAGGAAGAGGUUACUAAGCCCGUGAAAGAUGGAGCGCCUGAAAAGCGUAAGGAGGUCUCGGAUGACACCAGGCCAUCAUCCUUAGUCGAGGCUUCGAAAGCUCGACGGAUGGUUGAGCUUCGUAAGAAUGCCGUGAAGUUCAGUGGUGGUGCUAAUGAAGAUGUAGAAGAAUGGUUAGACAAGCUUGAUAUGAUUGCCGGUCCCGAAGGUUUUAACUUAGAUUAUUAUGACCAGACUGUGCUACUCAAGCUAUCGGUGUCGGGAGCGGCAUAUCAGGCAGCCAAGAUGGUCCCAUGUGAGCAAAAGUCCAUCGAUCCUUGUGGGAAGCGAUACCUUGCUCGGCUGCGAUCUGAGCUACGAAAGAGGUUCGGUUGUAGCCCUGAUAAGGCCGUUGCUAGUUAG